AUGACGGCUGAUCCUGUCCACUUUGUCACGUACUGUGGCUCCAAGGCCAAUCGCGUGGUGCCGGUCAAGACGACGCGCGCCGUCGGCCCCAACGACUGCCUCGUCGAGGUCACGCACAGCGGCUACUGUGCUACCGACACAUACUUUACGGCGGUGCCCAUAGGCCUCGGCCACGAAGGCGUCGGCAUCAUCCGCCGCAUCGGCCCCGCCGUCCAGCAGCAUAAAAUUGGCGACCGCGUGGGCUGGGGUUUUGUCCACGAGGCGUGCUUCAACUGCAAGCAGUGCCUAUCGGGCGGCGAGAUCUACUGCCUCCAGCGCAAGAUGUACGGCUUCGGCAACCUGGACCAGGGCUCGCUGGCCAGCCACGCCGUGUGGGACGAGAACUUCUUGUUCCCCAUCCCGGACGCCAUGGCCUCGGCCAUCGCCGCGCCGCUCAUGUGCGCCGGGGCGAGCGUCUUUGGCGCGCUGCAGCAGCGCGGCUACAAGGCGACGGACCGCUGCGGCGUCGUCGGCGUCGGCGGCCUGGGCCACCUGGCAAUCCAGUUUGCCCACAAGAUGGGCAUGGAGGUCGUGGUCUUUUCGACGACGGAGGCCAAGCGCGCCGCGGCCAUGGCGUUUGGCGCCGACGAGUUUGUGGUGCUGCCGCCGGCCAGCACCGCCCGCCUGUCGGGCAUCAAGCGACUCGACCACCUGCUCGUCUGCAGCACCGCGCAGCCCGACUACCGCGUGUUUCUGGACAUUCUGGAGCCGCGCGCCACCAUCUACCCGCUCACGGCGUUUGAAAAGGACGUCACCUACCCGCACCUCGACCUCAUCUUCUCGGGCGUCACCAUCCAGGGCACCAUGAUUGCCACCAAGCAGGGUUACCUCGACAUGCUCAACUUUUGCGUCCGGCACGGCAUCGAGUCCGUCAACCAAGAGUAUCCCAUGACCGUGGCCGGCAUCGAGGCGUGCAACACGGACCUCAAGGCGGGCAAAAUGCGGUACCGUGGCGUCUUGGUGGCCGAAGGCGCCGACCGCAGUGGCGAGACGGCCAUUGAACCAGAGGCAAACAAACCUGCAGAGGCGGAGGCUGGGGCAGAGGCGGAGGCUGGGGCAGAGGCGGACGUCACCAAUGUCGCAGUCGUUGUGGAUGGCGAGAAGAGCGGCACCACCGGCACCAACGGCGUCAACGGAGCGAGCGGACAUGUGUCUGGGUAA